UAAAAAUAUGUUGCACUGUGGAACAACAGCUUCAGGACAGUCACUGUUGGAUUAACAACUUCAGGACGGACAGUAUUGAAUUAACAGUUUCAGGACGGGCAGUGUUGAAUUACAAUUUCAGGACAUACAGUGUUGAAUUAACAAUUUCAGGACA